AUGGCCGAGACAUCAGCAGCUCAACCUCAACCUCCUUCCGACACCACUAAAAUUUACGUCUCAGCCACCGAGGCCCGGAGGUUCAUCGAGGGCGUCCUCUUGGGGAACGGCGUGCCGGAGCCCAACGCCGCCAUCGUAGCGCGAUGCCUCGUGGCGGCGGACCUGCGGGGCGUCGACACGCACGGCAUCAACCGGAUCCCGUCGUACAUGGCGCGCGUGCGCAACGGCGUGCUAGACGCCACCGCGUCCCCAUCCGUCUCGAAAGUCACGCCCGUCGUCGCUCAGGUCGACGGGCGCAACGGCUUCGGGUUCCUGGCGGCGGAGGUCGGGAUGCGCACGGCCUGCGACAUGGCGCGCGAGUUCGGCGUCGGCAUGGUCGGCGUCAAGCGCUCGAACCACUUCGGCAUGAGCGCCUGGGUCGUCCAGCAGGCCAUCGACGCCGGAAUGAUGAGUCUGGUCUUCACCAACUCGAGCCCCGCGCUGCCCGUGUUCGGCGGCAAGAGCAAGCUCAUGGGCGUGUCGCCUAUUGCUUGCGGUGCUCCCGGGGGCAAGGAAAAGCCGUUUAUAUUGGACAUGGCACCAUCUGUGGCAGCCAGGGGCAAGAUUUACAAAGCUGAGAGGAGGGGCGAAAAGAUUCCUUUGGACUGGGCUUUGGAUGCUGAAGGGAGACCGACGGAUGAUCCGGCUGCGGCUUUAGAGGGAGUUAUGCUUCCUAUGGGAGGACCUAAGGGUUCGGCACUGGCUAUCAUGAUGGAUGUAUUUUCGGGGGUAUUAUCCGGCUCAGCAUUCGCAGGCGGAGUUACGGGUCCAUACGACCCAAGCAAAGCAUCAGACGUCGGGCACUUCCUCGUGGCUAUCAAGCCGGACCUGUUCAUGAGCCUCGACGAGUUCCGGGAGAGAAUGGACUUUCUGUACCAACGUGUCGUUGGCUCGGAUAAAGCCGCCGGUGUCGAACGGAUUUACUUCCCGGGCGAAAUCGAGCAGUUAACGCAAGAACAGAGGGAGAAAACGGGAAUCCCGCUGGUACAAGCUGAGGUCGAUGCGUUAAAUGAAGAGGCAAAGAAAAUUGGAAAACCUCUUCUUGUUGUUAAAGAUCAAUGA